GUUCCACUUCCCUCCCUCCUUCGGGAAACACCACCCCUUCCCCAAAAAACCAAACCAUGACCGAUUUGUUCUGUCCCGACUGCAAGCGGGCGACGGAGGUGGUGUUCGACCACUCCGCCGGCGAUACUGUCUGCUCCGAGUGCGGCCUUGUUCUCGAGGCCCAUUCCAUCGACCAGACCUCCGAGUGGCGUACUUUCGCCAAUGAGUCCGGUGACAACGAUCCCGUCCGAGUCGGUGGCCCCUCAAACCCCUUGCUUGCUGACGGUGGCCUCUCCACCGUCAUUUCCAGGCCCAAUGGGGCUUCCGGAGACUUCUUGUCCUCCUCGCUCGGCCGCUGGCAGAACCGCGGGUCCAAUCCGGAUCGUUCGCUUAUUCAGGCUUUCAAGGCCAUUGCCACCAUGUCCGACAGGUUGGGACUUGUUGCUACCAUAAAGGAUCGAGCAAAUGAAAUAUAUAAGAAAGUAGAAGAUCAAAAACCUCUGAGAGGAAGGAAUCAGGAUGCCAUUUUGGCUGCUUGCCUCUAUAUUGCAUGCCGUCAAGAAGACAAGCCCCGCACUGUAAAAGAAAUUUGUUCCGUUGCUAAUGGAGCCACAAAGAAGGAAAUUGGCCGUGCAAAAGAGUAUAUUGUGAAGCAACUUGAAGUAGAGAUGGGCCAAUCCAUGGAAAUGGGAACCAUACAUGCUGGGGACUUUCUGAGACGUUUUUGUUCCCAUCUUGGCAUGAAUAAUCAAGCAGUUAAGGCUGCUCAAGAAGCUGUACAGAAAUCUGAAGAGCUUGAUAUAAGGAGAAGCCCAAUAUCUGUUGCAGCAGCUGUAAUUUAUAUAAUAACUCAGCUAUCUGAUGACAAGAAACUUCUGAAAGACAUAUCGGUUGCUACAGGGGUUGCUGAAGGGACCAUCAGAAAUUCCUACAAGGACCUUUAUCCCUAUGCUACAAGACUAAUACCGAGUUGGUAUGCCAAGGAGGAAGACCUCCGAAACCUCUGCAGCCCAUAGAAUUUACCAACACCAGUUGCAUGUUUUGCAGUUUUAGUUAGAUGCUGCUGCUAUUUUGGACGUGGAAGAACUUCUAUGUUUUCCGGACAUAUUUCUGCUCCUUUUAGAUUAUCAUCCCUCUAACUUGUAUUUCCCAAGUAUGUAGUCGCUGUCAAAGUAGUUGUCAUCGAGCCAGAAUGCUAAUUUGCUUUUGUUAGCUGAUGCCGUGAGAUUACUUUCCUUUUUGUUUCGUUGGACUCUGUAGUGUUGGCUAUGAAACACUUCGGUUGGGAUGUGAAAGUAAGCCUUUUAACUUGGGGGAAGUGAAAAGCUCAAGAGCAUGGCAAAUUGGCAAUUGUAUGUAGUUCUCCUUUUCUUGUAAA